AUGUCAACUAUCACUCUCAACGAUGGCUCUCCCGUUCCCUGGCUAGCCUUUGGCACAGGAACUGCGCUGUAUGGCAAAGAUGCCAGUGACUUUGUGAAGGUCGCAAUCGAAAACGGAAUCACCCACCUUGAUGGUGCCCAGAUGUAUAAUAACGAAGAAACCCUAGCGGCUGGUAUCAAAGCCUCCGGGAAACCUCGCUCUGAAUUGUAUAUCACCACAAAGCUAAAGAUCUUGGAGCCGGGGCAGACCGCCACCGAGGCUCUGCGAGUAUCUUUACGAAAGCUAGAUGUGGACUAUGUCGACCUGUUCUUGAUCCACAGUCCAAGUCCUGCUAACAAGGAAGGUAAAUUGAAGGCGCUGUGGGAGGAAAUGGAGGAGAUACAUAGCCAAGGUCUAGCAAAGUCAAUUGGCGUUUCCAACUUUCGUGUUGAGGACUUGAACGUCAUUUUGGAAGGGGCCAAAGUGAUACCGGCAGUGAACCAGUUACAUCCUUACGUUUGGAAAGCUGCUCAGCCAAUCUACGAACUCUGCAAAGAGCGCGGAAUUGUCAUCGCUUCGUAUGGUGGUCAAACUCCGAUUGUACGGGCCGUCGGGGGACCGCUUGAUGCUGUUCUCCCAGCCAUUCGUGAAAGGCUCGAGAAAACUCGCGGCGAACCUGUCACUAGCGGGCAGGUCCUGGGUAAAUGGAUCUUACAAAAGGGAGCCAUCUUAGUGACGACAACCUCGAAAGCCAGCCGCAUCAAAGAGUUUCUGGAUACCAAGAACGUUCCUGACCUCACGGAAGAAGAAGUUCAUGUUAUUGAAGAGGCUGGGGAGAAACUCCACAAGAGGAUUUAUAUGCGGCACGUCUUUGAAUAG